AUGGGCUCCGUGGCGGCCUGCGUGUGCCUGUGGGGGCAGAUCCGUGGUGGGGGCGUCUCCUUGAGAAAACCCAAGAGGAAGAGGGACCUGAGGAUAUCCUGCGUGUCCAGGCCGCCUCUGCCGAACCCCACCCCCCCCCGGAACCUGGACUCCCGGACCUUCAUCACCAUUGGAGAUAGGAACUUUGAGGUGGAGGCGGAUGACCUGGUGACCAUCUCGGAGCUGGGCCGCGGCGCCUACGGGGUGGUGGAGAAGGUGCGGCAUGCCCAGAGUGGCACCAUCAUGGCUGUUAAGCGGAUCCGGGCCACCGUGAACUCGCAGGAGCAGAAGCGUCUGCUCAUGGACUUGGACGUCAACAUGCGCACGGUCGACUGCUUCUACACCGUCACCUUCUACGGGGCCCUUUUCAGAGAGGGAGAUGUGUGGAUCUGCAUGGAGCUCAUGGACACGUCUCUGGACAAGUUCUACCGGAAGGUGCUGGACAAACACAUGACCAUCCCAGAGGACAUUCUGGGGAAGAUCGCUGUGUCCAUCGUGAGGGCGCUGGAGCAUUUGCACAGCAAGCUGUCCGUGAUCCACAGAGACGUGAAGCCGUCCAAUGUCCUCAUCAAUAAGGAGGGCCAUGUCAAAAUGUGCGACUUCGGCAUCAGCGGCUACUUGGUGGACUCUGUGGCCAAGACCAUGGAUGCUGGCUGCAAGCCCUACAUGGCUCCCGAGAGGAUCAACCCGGAGCUGAACCAGAAGGGCUACAAUGUGAAGUCGGAUGUCUGGAGCCUCGGCAUCACCAUGAUCGAGAUGGCCAUUCUGCGGUUUCCCUACGAGUCGUGGGGGACCCCGUUCCAGCAGCUGAAGCAGGUCGUGGAGGAGCCAUCCCCCCAGCUCCCAGCUGACCGUUUCUCCCCCGACUUUGUGGACUUCACUGCACAGUGCCUGAGGAAGAACCCUGCGGAGCGCAUGAGCUACCUGGAGCUGAUGGAGCACCCUUUCUUCACCUUGCACAAAACCAAGAAGACGGACAUUGCUGCCUUUGUGAAGGAGAUCCUGGGAGAGGACUCGUAGGGGCAGGGCCUCUGGGGGAGCAGUGCUUGCUCACACCCAUAAGCUGCCGCCCUGGCCUGAGACGUUCCAGGAGGAAUCGAGGGGGUUGCUCCCACCUGGCUCGGCAACAGGCCAUUGGUCCCAAGUGCCAAAGAACCAGACCACUGGGGCCCCCAGCUGGGCCUGCGAGGGCCCCAUCAGUGCCUCUGCCCCUGCUGCUCCAAGGACCCCAAGUCUCUAGCCCCCAAGACCCCGGACUUGGAGGGGCUGGGAUGCCCCCCGCCAGACGCUGCUGCCCCUCACAGAGAAGGCAGCUGGUGCCGUGUGCAGGCCGCUGCUCCGGCCCAGGCCUGGAGGCCACCCAAGUUGUAUAUUUUUUUAUCUCUUGACUGAAUGGACUUUGCACACUUUGGCCCAGGGUGGCCACACCUCUGUCCCAGCAUCGGUGGGGGAUGCACAGGUGGAUGAGCCACGUGAAUCCUUCUGAGCCCCCACAAGGGAGAUGCCAGAGCUGCCCAAGGCCUCUACCCCAG